ACGGAAGCUGACAACCUUCAUUCAGUGAAUAGUACUGGAAGUAAUAGGACGUGCUCUCGUUUCAACUUUUGUGUUUUUCGCUGAGUUUUUCAGUUUAUUUAACAAUCCCAUCAAAAAAAGUUCAUAAUCAAAAUGAAGGAAGGAAAUAAGCAGGUGGAGAAACCAGUGGCAACUGAUGCCAAUUUGGCCAUCAAAAUGCGUCCGGAGAGCCGUGGUCCCAUGGCCCAGAAACUGAAGGAUGUGAAGGAUCAGAAGCCGCACUUCAAUGAGAUGGCCAAUGGACUGGAGGCCCUGGUGACUCCAGUAAGCAGUGCCGUAAUGACUUCGAAGGCCAAGGAUUGUAACCUAAAGCUGAAGAGGAUGGCUCCAUUUAAGUUGAACGCUUCGCCGGGCAGUGUUCCUCUACUGGACACUUCUCAGCUGAAACGUAUCUUGGAUAAGAUGCCAUCCGUGGAGGCUACCCAGCAGCUUGAGGCGCAGUUCAGCGAGGACCAGAUCCGACACGCCAUAGAUCUCUGCCAGCAUUUCACCAGACAGCUCGGCUCCCAGAUCGAGGUUGUGGUCGGCAUAGAGCCCCGUAGCUUAGUAGCCACACCUGAACCCAUGGAAACCGAGGAAGUGGCCGUUGCCGAGGUGCCUCAGGAGGUGUUCGAGCCCAUAGACCAACUGGAUCCUUUGGAGAUGACACAGGAGGAUCCGGAGCUGCCGGAAUCGGAGCAAUUGCAUCAGGCGGAGCAGCCCGAAUUGUCGGAGAUUCUAGAGCUUGAGGAGCAACCCGAUGGAACCGGCCCAAUGGGCUACAUGGAGUCCACCAUGUUCUUACUUCAGCCGGACGGGAGUUAUAACCUCUACACUACUCAAGAGCCAAUCACCGAGGAGAUGCAGCCAAUGUCUGUGCGCCAGAUCGGCAUUGACGACGGCCCCUUGAUCAUCCUAACCGGGGGCGAUGGCCCGGUUCACUAUAAUGCCACUGACACGGUGGCCAUCGACAUCAACGAAUCGUCUGUUUACAUCCUAGACACGGAGGAGAGUGUUGUCUGCUAUGUGGAGGAUAGCGAGGGCAAUGUACACCUCGACAUGGACAGCUUGAUUGAAUACCUGCCGGAGGAGCAGGACGCCACGGUGGAGACGGUGAGCAGCAAUGGAGUCUACACAGCUUCACCGAUAGGUAUGAUGCCCAUACCACCGCCGUCACCACCUGCAACAGAGGCUUUGUCGGAAGGAACCCCUGUGAUUACAGCAUUACUAGUCGAAGGCCCUGUGUUGGAAACAGGUGUGAUGGAUGCUUCCGUAAUGGCAACUGCUGGGAUGAUGGCUCCUGUGAUGGCUGCACCUGUGAUGCCUGCUCCUGUGAUAGCAGCUCCUGUUAUGGAAAAUGCUGUAAACGAAAAACCUGUGAUGGAGGAACCUGUUCCAAGCACGAGCGCCCGUUGUAAUACAGGUAAGAUGAAGGUAGACACCUUUGAUGCAGUCGUGGAACCCCCCCUCUCCCAGGCGCCAAAUCCAGGGCAUCCAAAUGGAUCCUCCCCGCCCGAGGAGGAAGGGAAGAGAAAGCGCCACAUUCCCUGGGAUCAUGAUUACGCUAAAUGCACCUGGGAGACGAUCCAGGGUUUUACGGAUUAGAGAUCCAUCAAGAGCCUAUUUUUUUUAACAAAAUGUAAUGUAAAUGAAAUAUUUUUAACACCAUAAUGUACAAUUAUGUAAUAAAUACCUCAUAAAGUAAUGAA